UUCAAGUAAGAGAAAGGUACUCCAGCCUCAAACCAAAACAAGCCUGUUCACUUUGCGGCACGAAAACUGAGAGCACAAUGCCUGUCAAAUGGAGUGUGACAUUCCAGCGUUUUCUGUGGGAGAGCGAUAAUUGCUUUUUUCAGUGUUUGGCCGUUGGUUGCACGGGCUGUGAAUCCUGCCCACCCACUAAUGAGUGAACGAGGUGCUGCUGUGCUCACUGUUUCCUGACCGAGCUGUGCAGGAGAAUCAGGGCUCGGCUUUCUCAGAUUUCGUCAGAAACUGUCUGUUUAAAAUGAGGUUUCCAGCAUCAUUUUUAUGCUUCCUACUUAGUCUUCUAGGACUAGGAGGAACACACGGUUUGCUGUCAAUGGAAGAUCACGGGGAGGAACUGGAGGAUAGAGACCUGAGCAAAGCUAUUUUGGAGAUGUUGCAUAUAAACAAACUGUCAGCGCCUCAGCAGGCAAAGCCACACCCCUACAUGAAGCACGUUUACCAGUCACUGGACGCACAGGCAAGAGACCUGAGUGGUGCUGAUGGGACUCUUGUGCAGAGCUUCCGGAGCAUCGAAGACUCAAAGUACGGCACUCCGGGUUGGAUCUGGUUCAACACGUCCCAGCGGAGUCCCUUCAUGAGGGUUGCAGAGCUGGUCCUGCUGAGGAAGACUCUUCAUCACAAGCCGCUAAGUGUGACGGUCACAGUACACAGUCUUUCACCGGGACCAGAUAACCUGAGCAUCAGCGGCCCUCUCGCAGAGCACUUAUUGAGUCUGGACCAGCUGCCUCCAUCAGGAUAUGACGUCUUCGAUGUGACAGCUGCAAUAACCCAGCCACCGCACCACUCAGAUAUCUUGGGCUUCCAGCUGCGCUUUGGGGAUGAGAGCGGCAGCUUGGUUCUCCAUGAAGCCCUGACGCAGAGCCUCUACUGCUUGAACGGCAGCUCUCUCAGCCAGCCGCUCUUAGUGGUCUACAGGAGCACAUCGAUGGAGCACCAGCAGAGGGCAUCAGGAGCGAGUUCAGAGCACAGACACAGACCCAGCUGCAUGGCCAGCUCUGAAGAUGACAGACAGAGAAUACAUCUGAGGCACGGGAGACACUUAGCUGCCUGCAAGCUGUACGUACAUCAUGUCAACCUUCAUACGAGCAAGCUGAGCCAAUGGAUACUACAGCCGUCCAGUUUCAACAUAAGUAUUUGUAGAGGUAUCUGUUUGAAAGAAAUAUCUGUGUCGUCCAUGUCUGUUCAGAGACAUCGAAAGCACCAUGGAGAAAAUGAUUCACAAAGAUCAAACUGCACUCCACAAGGCCUUUCAUCUCUCAUCGUGAUGUACAGCAGCGACACAGCGGACAUUAUUAUAAAAGAGCUAAAGGAUAUCAGAGCAGAGAGAUGUGUGUGCCAGCCGACGGCUCGAUGAAAAGGACUGCAAAAAUCAAACUGUUUGUGAAGUAUUUGAGGAAAUGACAGAUGCAGGAAAAAGUAUGUGAACCCUGAAUUUCUGCAUCGCUUAAUAACAUUUGAUUUGAACACAUGCUUAUCUGCUUAAAGGAACAGUUCACAAGAAACAUUUCUGACAAUUUGCUCACGUUUAGAUCAUACAAGAUGUUGAUGAGUUUGUUUCUUCAUCAGAUUUGGAGAAAUGUAUCAUUACACCACUUGCUCACGAAAGGUGAAUGGAUGUGAAUGGGUGCCGUCAGAAUGAGAGUUGAAACAGCUGAUAAAAACAUCACAAUAAUCCACAAGUAAUCCACACCACUCCAGUCCAUUAAUGCAUUGUGAAGCAAAAAGCUUUUGAUGUGAGGACAACAGAGAUUGUCUUGUUAUACUUAUGGAUUAUUGCGAUGUAUUUAUCAGCUGUUUGGACUCUCAUUCUGACAGCACCCAUUCACUGCAAAGGAUCCACUGGUGAGCAAGUGAUGCUAAAUUUCUCCCAAUCUAUUCUGAUGAGGAAACAAACUCAGCAAGUUUUAUGUUUCUGUAAACUGUUUCUUUAAACAAAUAGCACACAAACUAUUCAUAGCUUUAAUUUUCAUAGCUUUAUUUUAAUUAUUUUUAUUUUAAUGCUAAAAACAUUUCUAAUGCGACUGCAGCUGCUAUGUGUAGUCAGGAGGUUAAUGCAUAACAAUCAGAAGGUAUUCUGCAACACUCCUUGAACAAUAUUCGUAGGAUGCCUGUGCGACUCAUGCUGAAAUGGCCGGGUUCACAUUCUUUGUCCCAGAAUUUCUUGUUUUGGACAACUACUGUACUUGGGGAGACCAUUGUAGAUGUACUUUUGGCCACAGGAUGUCAUGAUAGAGCAAGAAAAAGUUGGCGAUGUUACUAUCAAUGUUCAUGCAACAACAAUGUUCACCUAUGCUGAAGAAUUUCACAACAUCUCUGUGACUGAGUACUGACAAGAAAUAAAAAGUGUAUAUACGGAUGUGGCAUGAGGAAAUGUAAAUGUGACCUGAGUUUUGAAUUUGAGACCAUGGCGCUCAUUUUACCAUUUGGACAAAGAAUUUAGGGAAGUUUUCAAUAGUUCAUGGAAACCUCUGAUGAUGCCUUGGGGAUAUGAAAAUGAAACAAUCUGUUCUGGAAUUUCCUUUCACAUUUUUCUGCCAGCAAUUGCAGUGAUUCUAGAUUCAGAUACAGUGUUCCAGUUUAAUUGUUAUAAUUUACAAUCUAUGUAAAGUGUGAGUAGAAGCCCAGUCUUCUAUAUUCUAUUCUAUAGGAUUUUUUAUGUCUAUAUAGGCCCACAUAUUAGGCUAUAUAAUUCAAUAUGAUUUACGUUUAC